AUGGAUAUCGAACGUCAAAUCGACGAGUUUGUUUUACCUGGUGAUACGGUUGCACUUUCAACUUUACCAAGUCCACUUGAUUCUUCAAGUUCAAUAGUUCUCGGGCCCGGUUUACAUUAUGACAAGGAUACAAGCGCAUUUAUAUCACAUGCAUGUGGUCAUAUACGCGAACCAACAUCCUUGACAUAUUAUGUUGAUGGUCAUCGACCUUGCGCAUCAUCACUUUCAACAGGUGAUCUCGUUGUAGGCAUUGUUGUACGUCGACAACUUGAAUCUCUUCUUGUCGAUAUUGGUUACAAUGAAUUAGCCUCGUUAUCUUUAUACGAUUUUGAAGGUUCAACAAAACGUACGAAACCGAAUGUCGAUCGGGGUGAUGUUAUCUACGGUCGAUUGAAGAUCGAUGGUGAAUGUCAACCGCAAAUUGUGUGUGUUAACGAAGACGGCAAAGCUGAUGGAAUGGGUGUUUUGAACGACGACGGAUAUCUAUUUGAUUUAUCUGUGGAUAUCGCGAAUGAUUUAAUCGGUCAAGAUACUCUGUUGAAAGAUUUAGGAAAUGAAAUUCCUUAUGAAAUAGCUAUUGGAGCUAACGGACGUAUUUGGAUAAAAGCUAAGACAACGCGGCAAAUGAUUGCGUUAAGAAAUAUUAUAUUGGAAAGAGCAAAGAAUAAGUUGGAUAUCAAUCAAUUAAAAGAAGUUUUUGCACAAAGUCUUGUUUCAUAG